CUGCCCCUUCAUUCGACACCCCCGCCUUCUUGCGAUAAACACGCCCCAGAGACGGCAUAUACAACGAGCAGCACGUGAAUAAUGAUGCAUAUUGACAUUUGGAACAUGAAAUUUUUCUCUCUGGCUUUUUAUAUGAGUUUAUGGGUACGGACAUUUGGACAAGGGAAUACGAGAUACGGUUACAGUUUUUCAUUCUGUUUGUUUAAAGAAGUCAUCAUGAAGAAAAGAAAACGCCUAAUGAACAAGAUGCGGCCAACAACAGAUCAAUUCGGCCGUUCAGUCUUCUUGAGGUUAGUUUAGCUCACCUCAUCAGAAACGAAUCAAUCCACUCCUCGCAAACUUGUUUUCCUCCUCCUACCCUGUAUAAUCUGCGGAGAGAUCUUGUUGGCCUCGAUGCUUGUUUUCGCUUUGUCA